GCCGCAGUUGUGGCUUUCCGUCCUGACCUGGUUGCUUCGGUACCAUCCGCGAACAUACACAUAAUUCCGACGAAUAUAGGGUGGCAUAAUUGCGUCGUUGACAUGCGACUACAGAUAGUCUCGCCCCUCAAUUGACUUACUUGUUCCAUUCGUUCUACGUUGCUUGCGCCCCGUGAACCGUCGGUUGCGAUCCCGCCCCCAUAGCCAAAAGCCAUCAUGGCACCCAGAAUCGAAGCCAGCGAGAUUGAGACAUACUGGAACAUCUUCGCCACCAGGACAAAUGGCGCCAAAUUCCUCACGGGAGAGAUGGCAGCGCCGCUGUUGAAGAACAGCGGGCUGCGGGAUGAUCAGCUGGAGAGGGUCUGGGAUGUGGCAGAUAUCGACAAUGACGGCAACCUCGACUUUGAGGAGUUCUGCGUGGGCAUGCGCAUCAUCUUUGAUAUAGUCAAUGGGGAGUACGCCGACGUCCCUGCCACAUUGCCCGAUUGGCUGGUCCCCGAAUCCAAGUCGCAUCUCGUACAGGCAAACCGCGCAGUCACCGGAAAACAAGUGGCAUUCGAGCGCGUAGAGGAUGAAGACGACGACCCGGGCUUGAAAGAUGGCUUUGACUGGUACAUGAAGCCCGACGACAAGGCCAAGUACGAGUCGAUAUACCAGGAGAACAGAGACAUGCGCGGAGAAAUAUCAUUUCAAGCUCUAGAAGACCUCUACGAAUCCCUCGACGUGCCCGAUACCGAUAUCCGCAGCGCCUGGAACCUGAUCAACCCCUCCGCCUCGUCCACGAUCAACAAGGACGCCUCCUUGGCAUUCCUGCACAUCCUCAACAACCGUCACGACGGGUUCCGGAUCCCGCGGACAGUGCCGGCAUCGCUCCGCUCCUCGUUCGAGCGCAACCAGAUCGACUACCAGCUUGAUUCGGACCGCAACAAGGGGGCCGCCGCAUCGCGCUGGGCCGCCAAGGCCGACGACACCACCAGCACGGGCCGCAAGGCCAAGUUCGGCGACCAGUACCUGACGCGGCUGGGCCGCGGCGGCUUCAAGUCCGGCGGCACCGACUUCAGCACUGAGAAGACGGACGACUGGGAGGAGGUCCGACUCAAGAAGCAGCUGCAGGAGCUCGACGACAAGAUGGCAAAGGUAGAGGAGAUCGCGAACCGUCGGCGCGGCGGCAAGAGGGACAGCAAGCCCGCGCUUGUGAAGCGCGAGCUCGAGCAGCUCCUCGACUACAAGCGCAAGGAGCUGAGGGAGCUCGAGGAGGGCAACGGAAAGGCCAAGACGGGGAGCAACCUCAGGGGUAUCCAGGAGGAUCUGUCGACGGUCAAGGAGCAGGUCGAUGGGCUGGAGGCGCAUUUGAGUACGAGGACGCAAGUUUUGGACCAGCUGAGGAGGGAGAUCGAGGACGAAAAGACACGAAAAUAAGACGGCCAUGGAGUUACUUUCGAUGGCUGGCUAGACAGGAUAAAUACGUUGUAAUGCUAUGAAAUGUCAAACAUCGCUUACAGCCGAAAGGUGUGGGCAUGAGCUCGGGGUGCCAGCACUCAUCAGCAGACCCAGAAUUGAUCACGUUGUGUCUGCAAAACCGAGCACCAGUAAAUAUGUGGCU